AUGUGCAAACACAUCUUGAACGCCCAGGUGUCCAUUCGAGCACCAUGUUGCAAACAGUGGUAUGACUGUCCUGAAUGCCACGCCGAAUCUCAGUCGCAUAAACUGGCAAAGACCACCGAGAUGGUGUUCAUGUGCAAGAAAUGCAAAAAGGCCUUUAGAAAGGACAUGACUGUGUACGAAGAGAGCGACGAAUUUUGUCCACAUUGCGAUAAUCACUACGUUAUCGAGGCAAAGACGCCUCAAGCCGUACUUGCGGUUGAAGGUGAAGAUGCAAGAGUGGAUGCUCGCAUGCUCAAAGACGAUCGCAUGAAGCAAAUUCAAAAACAAUCAGUCUUCGAUUUAGAUGACGACGAUUUUGUAGAUCGCCUAGGGUAA